AGGGGAAUUGUAGUUGUCAAUGUUGUGUUUUUCGUUUUCAAAUGAUGAAGAGGAAGAUGUUACAGUGUAAUUUAUUUUUGGGAGUUAGAGAUAAAUUUGGAAUUUUAAUUUGUUUUUUUAAUAAAUAUGGUUGGCAAUUUUUUUUCCUUUUUCUUACUUUUUUUGUGUGUCUCCAAUAUAUUGCUUUAUAUAAUAGACAUCCCGGAGGAAUAGGUGAUAGCUCAGUGGAGUACCAUCCCGAAUUUUAGAGCAUUGCCCAGGAUUUGAAUCCUCAUCCCAAUAAUAUAUUGGAGUUUGGACAUUAAAUUCUAGGCUGUUUAGCCUUUUACGAGUUGUACCUAGACUAACCGAGUAGGAGUUGAUUUUCGAACCAAUUAUCUUUUCUAAUAAUAAAAAACAUCCCAAAUUUCUAAGGCUUUUCCAGGAGUUCGAAAAACCGAAAACAGCUCCGCGCUUGAAUAUUACUAGUGAAAUACUGAAAUGGUUGAUCCUUUCAACUUUAAAGUUCCCUCCAAAUUUUUAUCCCCAAAAAUUUGAAGCCAAAUGAAAACCCUACCAGUAUAGUAGUAUUACUACUAAAUUUCUGAAUUCACCUUGCUCAAUGCUCCCUCAUUCACUAUUUUUUUCUUCUAAGAAUUCCAAUCCAUUUGGUCGCUACGACACUCACUCUCUUUCAUAUCAAAUUGAUGAUUGGUAAAAAACGUCGCUGUGUCUCGUUGAGUUCCAUCAACGAUGAUAAUUAUGCGAAAUCAUCAGUUCCGACUACAAUCAAUAGUACUAGACCACAUUCCUCUCUUGGAAAGGAAAAUAUCCCUCCAUCCUCUACAACUAAUAAGGACACAGGGGAAUUCGAGGCAUUUUAUCGAACACAAAGUGACAGUUAUCCGUCCUUUGGCAUUCAGAUUGAUGCUAAUUUGAUAUAUGGAGAGACCAGUUCAAGUACUCCAUGGGUGGAUUCAUGCUUCAGUACUAGCCUUGAUGAGUUGGAUUCAGAGAUACUUGAAAACUCUGCUUACACUUGCAGAUCUCCUUGUGAACGUAGGAAUCUUGAUCAUUGCAGUGUUAGAGGUGGACAUGGACUUGAUAUUGAUGGCAAUGAUGCUGAAGACGAGGAUGACUUUGAAUCUAACACCCAAUUUGGUGUGUUAAUGAGGUUGUGUUAUGAAGAAGAUGAUAAUAGCUCCCAUGAGCCUGGCCCUGCUUUAGUGUGUCCCAUGUGUGGGAUUGACAUUUCGUUAUGGGAUGAAGAAUCUAGGCAAUCCCAUGCCAAUGCUUGUCUUGACAAUUUAGUCGCUCCAAAGGGAGAUUCUCCAGGUGGUGCAAAGAAUGAAACUUUACAAUCUUCUGACAAGCCUUCUGUUCAAUCUUCUGAACCAGCCUCUGCUGAAGCUGCAGUCAUAAAAUGGCUACACAGUUUGGGUCUUGCUAAAUAUGAAGCAGCUUUCGUUGAACAAGAGAUUGACUGGGAGUCACUGCAAUGGCUGACUGAGGAGGAUCUUAUCGCUAUAGGUAUUAAUGCACUUGGCCCGAGGAAGAAGAUCCUGGAGAGUCUUAGACAGCUCAGGAACAAAGACAACAUUUCUGAAGAACAGGGAAACCGUGAUAGUGUAUAUGCAGGGAAUGAGGCGAAGAAGCCAGCCAUGAACAAGUUGAUUACAGAAUAUUUUUCAAGCCCCUCUGGUGUGAAGAAGAAUCUUGCGAGUUCAAGACAACAGACAACGACAGCUAAAUCCAACUCAUGCCAGAGGAUACCAGCCAAAAGCUUCUCUAAUGGCAAAAAUAAGGAUGUUCCUCUAUGGUGUUCUAUUCCAGGAACGCCAUUCCGGGUGGAUGCAUUUCGGUACCUUCGAAGGGAUUGCUCACAUUGGUUUCUGACCCAUUUUCACAUAGACCACUACCAAGGGCUCACAAGAUCCUUUGCUUAUGGAAAAGUUUACUGCUCCAUGAUAACAGCAAAGCUUGUAAAUGCAAAGAUUGGUAUCCCAUGGGAAAAACUGCAGGUCAUGCCCCUUAACCAGAAAAUAAAUGUUGCUGGAAUCGAUGUUACUUGCUAUGAUGCAAAUCACUGUCCAGGCUCUGUAAUUAUACUCUUUGAGCCCCCUAAUGGUAAGGCAGUUCUGCACACGGGGGAUUUCCGGUUCAAUGAGGAAAUGGCAAACACUCUUUCUCAGCUAGGAGGUCAUAUAAAUGCACUUAUCCUUGAUACAACAUACUGCAGUCCUCAGUACAACUUUCCAAAGCAGGAGGUGGUUGUGCAAUUCGUCAUUGAGGCCAUUCAAGCAGAAUCUUUCAACUCUAAAACUCUGUUUCUGAUUGGCAGUUACACAGUUGGAAAGGAGAGAAUUUUUAUAGAAGUAGCUCGUGUUUUGCGUAAGAAGAUCCAUGUUCCUGCAGCAAAACUUCGUCUCUUGGAGUGUUUGGAGCUGCCUUCUGAAGAUAUGCAAUGGUUUACUCUCAAUGAACAUGAGAGCAACAUACAUAUUGUACCAAUGUGGACGAUUGCAAGCUUCAAAAGGUUGAAACAGCUAUCAUCUCAAUAUGCAGAAAGGUUCAGUUUGAUAGUUGCUUUUUCUCCCACUGGUUGGGCGUUUGGUAAAGGAAAGAAAAAUGCAGGACGUGCAGGGAGAAGAUGGCAGCAGGGUACUAUUAUAAGGUAUGAAGUACCGUACAGUGAACAUUGCAGCUUUGAAGAAUUGAGGGAGUUUGUGAAGCUUAUAUCUCCAACUAAAAUAAUUCCUAGUGUCAACAAUGAUAGUGAAGCCUCUAGUAAUGCCAUGAUUGAGCUCCUAUUGUCGUAAUUUGAUGAUCCAAUCUUUUUUAUAAGCAAAUCAUUUUUUAUGCAUAUUGAUUGCAAGGGGAAAUAUACAGGGUAGCAAGCUGAUGACCUUGGUUUAACAAGUUAUAUGGCAGCGAAGUAUGUCUGUAGAUUAAACCAGCAGUAGUGCAGAAUCAGUUGCUCUUCUUCCUUUUGCCUGUUUCUACUCUGCUACUGUUCGAGAUCAUGAACUAAUGCACGUGCAGAGAAUGCAUAAAGAAUUUAAGCAUGGCUUCAACUUUUGCAGCUACAAAGAAUGAAAUUGCUUUUUCCAAAAUUAGACCAGCUCUCUGGUUAUUUUGGUAUAAUGUAGUACAUGAAGCAGUCCUGUAAAUGUCAUGUAAUUUCCUUGGGAAUGAGUGAAAGAUUAUGUGUAUUUAUGUAUCCGUUGCCCAAUCAAGUAAUUCAAAUUAUUUUA